AUGGCAGUCGCACAGCAUGAAGAUACUCAGGGCGGAGAUCAGGACUUUUUACAGCAGAGCCAUUUGUCGUACAUUGUCCCCUACGCUACAGACUUUGAUAUUGAACAAGUCCUUCGGGAAGGCGAGGACUCACACAAAGCCCUCUUCGAAUCUAUCGAGCAACGCCCAUGGCUCUUCUUCGGUAUGCGCCAGCGUGUCGCCCCCAUGCUUUCCCCUUGGUAUAUCACUGCUAACAUAUGGCAAACAGACGAGACCGUCGACAUAUAUCUAAUACUAAGGACCGUAUACAAGAACGAAGCCGCGCUGCGGUCUUACCUCGCUCGUGUAGUGCUCACUCUCGAAGCACAGAUCGUCAACAGCCAUGCCGGAGACCGUGAGCAUGCACCGGCGACAGAGGUCAUACACAAUGGCACGGUACCAGAAACGGAAGACCCAUUGAUCGUCGUCGACCAGGCAGAUGGCUCGGAAGACGAUGACGGAGAAGAACAGCAUGUUCAUGCAAUCUGGAAGCUCCCUGUCUUUCUUGCUAGGCCCAGGUUGAGGCUCCAGGGACCGUCAGUAACAUUCACAGCUUCUGCUGCCCUCAAGCCGGCGCAGGACGCGUCAGCGGCCGAGAAGGACGGCUACCUGGCGAGUAGGACUCCGUCAGGAAUGAACCUGCUCGACGCUUUUGCCAGUGACCAAGCGUUGGGCGGUGUGAAACCCCGGCUCUCCGCGCAGCGCGUGUCAAAGGUCGCUCCGGUCACACAAUCGAGGUCACAACAUCGUCCCAUCAAGGGCCUUCAACACAUCACCCUGAAGAUAUACCCAGCUCUACACACCAGGGUCCGCUUUGCGAGACCAAAUACCGUUCCCUCGAGCCCGACAAUACUUGCCAUGCUCGAGAUCGACUUCACCCCCUUUUUCGACUGCGAGGCCCUCCUCUCCAAGAUAGACCUCUUCCUUCCCUCCGGCGUGAUCACAGACCUAAACCAAGAACCGGGUCUCGCUCUGCCCCUCUCGUGCGUCGCCCACGACCACAUCACCUACCUCUACCGCCUCGCGCCCCAGGAGCGAGAGCUCGACCCGCUCCGCAACCCUACCCAGGACCUCGACAUCAAGAUCGAGGUCUCCGCCCUGGUCAAGCCGGGCCUCUGCACCCCAAAGCUGACCAUGUCCUGGAUUACGCCCAUCGACUUCACCCCGCCCGUCAACCCGGGCUUCGGGACCCCCAUCGCCAACCCUUCCGGGCUCCAGCGCGCCCACCGCCCCUCGCAGCUCUCCAUCGACGGCUCCGCCUCCCUCACCGCCCCGGCAGUCAGCCGGCCCGACGCCCUCCCGGCCCUCGAGGCCGCCACCGCCCGCACCCCCGAGACCGCGGUCCCGGACUUCGGCAUCACCAUGACCUUCGCCGCUCCGCAGGGCCCCGUCUACGCCGGCGAGGAGUUCAGCUGGACCGUCUUCGUCGUCAACCGCACCUCGCCGAGCGCGACCGGCGCCGCCCCGGGCCCGGGACAGGCGGGCCCUAUCGCCGCGCCGCCGGCCCCGCGCAAGCUCGCCCUGUUCGCCAUCCCGCGCCGGCACCGCCGCAACGACGCCCACCGGACGGUGCGCCCGCCGUCGCGGAGCGGGCGCAGGGGCCCAGCGGGGUCCGCCGCCGAGCAGAUCGCCGACGCGGUGCUCGACGAGAACGUCGUGCACGCCAUGCAGCGGACGUCACUCGUCGACGCCGCCGAGGUGGUGUGCCUGAGCUCCGACACGCGCGUCGGCCCCCUAGCGCCCGGCGCGUGUCACGUCGUCGAGCUGCGGUUCCUGGCGCUCAAGGCGGGCGUGGUGGGCGUCGAGGCCAUCAGGGUCGUCGACCUGGGCUCGCAGGAACACGUGGACGUGAGAGAGCUGCCCAUCAUGGUUGUGGAGGAGAGGGGGCAGGCGGCAUGA